AUGUUUAUCUUUGUUUCUUCCUCACCCGCUAUUAUCAGUGCCCACAGAAGCAUUGGGUUGACAGGUUCCAACAAAAGUACUAGAAGUUCUCAAAAUAAUGCAAAAUCUAGUCUUUUCAGGAGAUCUCAAAUUAACAAAUUGUCUGCUAUACAGCCUAAAAGAAAUGUGAAAAGCUCAGCAUUGGCAAGUCAUUCAUCAACGCAAUCACAUCAUUCAUUAGUUACCAAGCCAGAUAAUGGCUUAAAGGUCAACCAAGAUCCUGUUGUGGCUUCUGGUCAUGGAUCUAUUAAUCAUGAAGCUGUUGCCAACAAAAUUGCUUCCCUUCCUCAAAGUCAUUCCCAUAUUGGUGGAAACACUCAAUAUUCACAGCCACAAAUGACAAAACCAUCUGGCUUACGGAUGCCUUCGCCAUCAUUAGGAUUUUUUACUCAGUCAAAGACUAAUGCUUCACGUGAUAUACAAAGCAGCACUCAAACAUGCAAUAUCCCAAAACCUAAUAAUCCUAAUUUGUCAAAGCUUGGUGUCUUAAAUUCUGCUUUUGAGAUCCCCACUCCAUCUAAGAAUGUACAUGUAGUGGCCAGUGCUGUAGCAGCAAUUGAAAAUUUGAGGACUCCAAGCACAAAACCCUCUGUUCCAUCAAGUGCUAGUUCAUUAUGCAAAGGUGCCAGACCAAAUUCAAGAGAUACUAAAAUGCAGAGGGUGGAAGUGAAGGUUUCUUGUAAUUCUUACAAUCAUGAAUUAAAUAAUAAUCAGCAGCAAUUGCACACCAUUGACGGCAGUUUUAAGUGGGAAACUGAGCAUGUGGAAUAUCAGUGUAGUGAUAACAAGUUACUCUUGCAAAGUCAAUCCUCCGAACAAGUGGAAUUAGAUUGGAAGAGGGAAAAUCUUGCCAUCCCUAGAAGUACGAAUCACAUCAGCGGUGAAUUCAAAGAUCCCCAUUUUGUCUCUCACCAUGGCCUGGAGGUAAAAAAUGGCUUGAAGGCUGAUGAUGCUGGCAACAAAAUUUCAGGAAAUGUACAAAAUAAUUCAUUGACUGAAGAUUUUGAUCUCCUUCCACAGUUGCAUUCUUGCGACAUGAAUAGUAGUAACAUACAUGAUUCUCCAAUAGUAAACAUUGACCAGAUAAGCAGUCAUGAUAGCUAUGAAAAUUCAAGCAAAUCAGCUGAAAAUGAACAUGUAAAACCUUGCACCUUUGAAGAUGAUCAAAAAGCUAAUGAGAUUCAGAUACAUCAUAUUAAUGAUGAUGCCUUGCUCAAGGAGGGUGAGCCUUCAGAAGCAUUUCUUGGUUUCAACAGUGUGGCGAGUAAAGUUAUGAGUCCAAAUAUUAGUGAUUGCAAUGCUAGUGAUUUGAAAAGGACCCAUGGUCUAUUGCAUUAUGGAGACAGAAUUCAAGGAAAAGAUGGCACUGUUGGGGAUAUUGAUUUGAAUCAUCAAUCACAUGUUGCAGAUGCACAAAAGCAAUCUCUUGAAUGUAAUUUAUGUCUUGAAAGUAGCAGUUAUCUUCUGAAUGCUUCAGAAGCGGAUAAUCUGCAUGCACAUGUAAAUGGUGUGUAUGAAAUGCUAGUUGAACAGCCACCACUUCCUGAUCCGUGCAUUGUAGUAGAGACACUUUUCCAGGAUGAUUAUCGAUCACAUUCAACUGAUUGCCUAUUACAUGGAGAAAUCUUCUCUUCUGACAAUGUUGCCUGUCAGAGUGAUAUAGAAAAUUCCAGUGCUCCAUCUAGGAUUCCACCCGCACUACAAAGUUGUGUUAAUGAGAUGGCUGACGUGGUUGAGUGUUUAAAUGCAGAGAACGAGGCUUCGGUUUCUACUGAUACACAGUGCAACCAUGACAUUGAGCUCCUUUGUGAAGCAGCUACUUCAUCUAAGGGAUUAGAAAGGAUCGAGGAAGACCAAGUAACUGGAGCAAUAACUGCUUGUGAUAUUAGUGUCCGCAAUGACUUUCAAAGAAGUGGCAAUCUGGAUGCCAGAGAGAUGGAUGAUUCUCAUUCAAUAUCCCCCCUGGGCCUAGUAGAUGCCAUUUCAGAGCCAGGAGACAAGAUCAUUUCUUUUCAUUUUAAUGCACCUGGCGUGCUUACUAGUUCCUCCCUUGAUGCUGGUAACACCUUCGUAGAUAAUCCGAUUCUAGAGGCAUGUCAUGACCUUUUCUCUGCGGAGAGAGAGACCCACAAAUUUGAUACCGACAAUUGUGCACAUGUGAGUCCCAGAAAGAAAUGUUUUAUACAGGCAGUGGAAGGUUCUUCUGAUCUGUCUAAGGUGCGAACAGUUGCACCAAGUGACAAGUGUGCUGCUGGAGAUAAUGAGACGACUGAUGGAUCUUUCAGAAAAGAUGCAUCCUCGCAGUACUUCAAUGAUGGUAUUUCAUUUGAUAGCUGCAAAAUUAUCCUUUUCUCUUCAGCCGAAAAUAACAAUUUUGCGGUAGUCGAGAAUUUAAAUAAACCUCAAGAGCUUCAAAAUGAUGUCACUGUUAUGCCAGAGCCAGGUGAAUUCAGAUGGUCUGUUACUGAGGAAUCAUCUAGUUAUGUCAAGAUUAAUCUGUCAGAUAACAACCAUGAUGGUUGUAAUGAUGUGAUCAUGCAAGACACAGAACAAAGUGACCAAGUAACUUCUUCAAAUGUUGAGCUUUCUUCACUGAGCGAAGAUAAAGUUUCUGGGGCAGAAAAUACCUGCAAGUCUCAAGCAUUUUGCUCUUUAAAUGAGGAAUCAACCUCCUCAAUCAAAAGAAAUCACAUAUCUUCAGAUGGAAUUUUCUUACAGGAAGAAGUCGACAGAUUGGAGAAUGAUUUGUCACAGGAAUUAAACAGUUCAAUGACCCAUGUAGAAGCUACGGGUUGUACAUCUUUGGUUGAGGAAACUAGCAAUGACAAAAGGCAAGUUGCUCCUUUAGUAAAGCCCCCUUUGAACGCUGUUCCAUUUUCAGAUGAAUGGUUAGCUGCCUUUGAAGAUGCUGGAGAGGAGAUUCUAACAAUGAAAAGUGGUGCUGUACAAAAUUCGCCCACGGACAAAUCUCUGCCAGAGCCUGGUCCAUGGUCCCCGGUGAGAAAGAAAAACAACCAAGGAGUAGGACCGUUCGACUGCACAAAAUACACCCACACAAACGUCCCGCCCGGUUCUGAAUAACGGAGGCCAAAAGGUUUGCCUAACCAUUCUUUCCUUCUUUUUCUUUUUCCUGCUAACAGAUGUGAUCAAUUGUACGUUCACGCCACAACUAACAAACGUUGGAAGGUUUGAAAAUCCCUGAAUUCUGGCAUAUCUAAACAACAAAAGAUAUUCAAAGUUCUUUUGUUUGAUGUUUUAUCUGUCUGAUCAAAUUUCCAAUUGGACUUUUUAAGUGUCAAUUUGUGUAGCUCCUGUUAGGGAUUGCCUACUUUGCCUUCCUUGAUUUGGCCCCUGCCAUUUCCCU